GCAGGUAUAGAAGUUACCUCAUUACUUUAGUGAAAAUCUAGAUUUUCAAGCAAAAUAAGUUGUGAAAAUCUAAUGACAAACAAAAGCAUGAAUUUACCAAAGAAGAGACUUUCUGUGCUGGUAAGAAGCAAUAUACAAUAAUUGUGGUGCCCGUGGGAAAGGUAGGAAAAGGAAACUGGGCUACUUGUCGGCUCAGCUCUGAUAGAACAUUACCUGAUUUGCAGAGCACAGUGUCCCACAUCUGCCACCCCUGCACAGGCAGAAACACCUCCUUCUCCAUUGCAAAGUGCUAGGGAGCUGGACUGUAUCUCUGCAGCUCUGAUAGGAAUACUUCUGAUCUGCAACCCUUCUGCAGUAAGAAAGGCAGCUCAUGUGAGUGUACUGUGGGUCUGUGGUGUUCCAGUGUUUGUAGGUUUGUAGGUUACUUAUUAAUGGCUGCAAUGAAUUAUUAGGAAAGGGAGAGAUGGCUGAUCCAUGGCUUGAAUCCUUCAAGUCAAAAGUGAGUGCCUGUUGGUUUUGAAGUUCUGUGGGCUUCUAAAUAUAAUAGUAGAGGAUUUGCUGGCUCUUUGUGGACCUUACACAUCAAUCAUAAGAAAAAUUUACUUUUGGUCAUGGAGGAAUAGCAAACUAUGGCUAUUCUUACAGUAGUGCAGUGCAUUUCCUUGGAUUCAUAACAAUGUCGGUUGUCCCGAGUUUCCUCUUUUUUACCAGUUUUUGGACCAGGCUGUGGCUGAGAUGUCUGGCCACAGCGGCGUCUGUUCCGGAACGUUCUAGUCGGUUCCAGAAGGUUCUGCCCGGUUCUAGAGAGCGCUAUGCAGCCGCAGCCGGUCCCGCCUGGUGCCACAGCGCCCCCUGCGGGCAGAGCGCAGCCGGGCAGCGGCAGCGCUGGUGCUGAGCGCCGCGCAGGGGAGGAAAGAAAGGGCGUGGGAAGCAGCAAGGUCGGAGCAGGAGGGCAGAGCUGGUGCCGGAGCAGGGCCUGCAGCACGUAGCACUAAGGCUGGGCCUCCGUUUUGUGGCUCGGAAGAAGAUGGCUGCGGCCGGGCGAUGGGUUAUUGGAGAAUAAUGAAUACCUUCCUCUGCUCCUUGCAGUUUAGUGUAUGCUACGGAGUUAGUCAUGAUGUAUACAGGCUCUCUGGGAUCCAGGUUCUGUGGAACUGCAGUAAUAAGUAGCAUCUUUGAGGCCUCAGAGGGUGGUUGUGCCAGUUCAUCAAUGAUGCAAUUCUAUGGAGGUCAAAUGAAACUAGAUCACAUAAAAUGUUUGUGCCUUAAUGCCUGGAGUUUAAAAACAAUGAGUCAAGUGAAGAGAGCAGCAAAGGAAAGAUAAAACAUAUAAAGGCUGAUUUGAAUGAUGAACGUGAUUACAAGCAGCAGGCAUGCAUCUCAGAGAAUCCACAUGGCAUUGCCAUGCUUCACGCUACUUGAGAUGGUGAUCAUGGCAGGGACCGUGAUGCUGGCUUACUAUUUCGAAUACACGGACACCUUCGCGGUCAACGUGCAAGGCUUCUUCUGCUACGAGGGCGCUUACCGCAAACCGUACCCGGGCCCGGAGGACAGCAGCGCCGUGCCCCCGGUGCUCCUCUACUCGCUGACCGCAGGCGUGCCCGUGCUGGUGAUUAUCGUUGGAGAAACCGCAGUGUUUUGUCUACAGUUAGCUACAAAGGAUUUUGAAAAUCAAGAAAAAACAAUAUUAACUGGAGACUGUUGUUAUAUAAAUCCACUGGUGCGCAGAACCAUCAGAUUCCUUGGAAUUUACGCGUUUGGACUGUUUGCUACGGACAUCUUUGUAAAUGCUGGACAAGUAGUAACAGGGAAUCUUGCACCACAUUUUCUUGCACUUUGUAAACCCAACUAUACAGCACUUGGAUGUAAACAGUAUACACAGUUCAUCAGUAGUGCACAUGCCUGUACUGGAAACCCAGACCUUAUCAUGAAAGCCAGAAAGACAUUCCCAUCCAAAGAAGCAGCACUAAGCAUAUAUGCAGCUAUGUAUCUGGCUAUGUAUAUCACCAGCACAGUAAAAGCCAGAGGAACAAGGCUUGCAAAACCUGUUCUGUGUUUGGGCUUAAUGUGCUUGGCUUUCCUUACUGGAAUCAACAGAGUAGCAGAGUAUCGAAAUCACUGGUCAGAUGUAAUAGCAGGAUUUAUAAUUGGAAUAUCUAUAGCAGUAUUUUUGGUUGUUUGCGUGGUAAAUAAUUUCAGGGGACGUCAGCCAGAACAUGAACAUUCUCAUACGGAUAAUCUGGCCCAGAUGCCCAUGAUCAGCAUACCUCGAGUAGAAAGUCCUUUAGAAAAGAACCACAUCACGGCCUUUGCAGAAGUCACAUGAUGUUGAUGCUGAGGUAUAUUCACUCCAUUGGACUUCAUCUCUUUUCACAGCCCACUCACGAUAAUUGCAGUGUAACAAAAUCAAGAAAUUUUUAAAGUCCUCUUUCUGACUUGAUUUUUACAUCGUUAAAAUGAUACCUACAUUUUGAAGAUUUCUUAAAUAUUAGAACGUCACUUUACUUUCUAGCAAAAAUAUUAACUGUUUACUUUUUGAUGGAAUGGGACAAACUAAGCACUAAUUACCUUUACCUGACACUACCCUCUAUUUUGGCUUCUUGUUGUUUUUUAAUGGUUCAUGUACCUAUUCCAGUAGUACUCCAUAUUUUGAUUUGAAACUGAUUUUUAAAAUCUGCAUUUUUAAUUCAGCAUGAAUUUGUUUCCAUUUGAGGCAGUUUUAGUGUAUAAAAACUAGAAAAAAUAUUACCUUCUGUAUGAAAAUGCUGUUUGCACAUUGUAUUACGCUGUAUUCCAUGUAAGAUAUCAUUCAAACAAUGUUAUAUGUAAAACUGGUGCUUCUGCUUUUGAAGAGAAAAAAAAUGCCAAUUUUUACUGUAAUAAGUAUUGUAUCAUAAUUAAAAGUUUAUUUAUUUGGAUAUUUUCCUGACAUAAUUGUAGUUGAAUUGUUGAUUUGUAGUUCUUGAAUGUCUUGAAUGAUAUAUAUGUAUCUAGGUUAAAAGAAAUGAAAAUUAUAUAGAAAUUUCGAUCAUUUAUAUAUUCUUUAUUACUAAUGCUAUCCCAUGAGAGGUUAAGGGCUCCAUUCUUAGCUCAGCAUAUCUGAUGGGAAGCCCUGCUAUCGCAGAUCAUUUAAACAAGGUACUGAAGGAGCCCUGCAUCUUCUCAUAUUUGUUGUACACCCAGAUAUUAUGCUGGGAGAAUGGAGUGCUAAGACAGGAAGAGGGUCACUGAUAUAGUGAGGAAAAGUGCACGUGUGUUUCUGCCCUCCUGUUGGAACAUUUAUGGAAAUAAGCAAUGGCUGCAUUAAUUUACUUCAACUGGAGUGACCGAGACAGGCAGAAUUUAUCUCUAGGAAUCAUCUCUAUCCCUGUUUCCUUUUCAGGGCCAUGUUCUUGCAAAAAAUCCUCUGUCAGACUCUCCGUUGCUGACAGGAUUUUUUCCUUCAACUUCGAGUGAUGUUCUUAUAUCGCUGUUAUCACUGUGAAAAAUCAAAUUGAGCCUCCCCUUUAAAAGACAGCCUCACUUGACUAUUCAUAGUGAAGUAUUGUAGAUGCUGAAGAUAGUCCUAACUGCCAGAAUGUUUUCCUCUGGCAACUGCAGUUGUAACACUAGCACUAUAGACACAUUUAAGAUAGAGAAGUUCAGUGUGGUCCUUGAAACGAGUACAGAAUUCUAGGCCUUAAGUUUUCCAUAAUUCACUGCAUUUCCUCUGCAUUAAUCACUGGUAGAAGAUAUUUAAAGCAUAACUGUAGAAUUGGAUAUAUAUUUUUCUAUGUUGAAUUUUAUUGCAUUCCCGCAUAGUUAUCGUGCAUUUUCAUUUUAACUUCUCUUUUCAUUAAAUGCAGCUACCUAAAUAUUGCUUGGCAAGCAGGGCAAAGCCAAGUCUUCUUUGAGUGCAGUAGAGCAGUAUAUCCCAUGAAGUCAUCAUACUAAGCUGAGAAUUAGAGAAUAAAGAAAUAUAUCAGCAGGGAAAGAAGUCCUAGAAUAGAGCCCUUAGCUACAAUAGUGUUACUUAGGUGAUUGAAAAUCCACCUUUAUUAGGCUACCAAAUGUGUUUACAAAAUUGUAGUAGGUCCAAAGUUUGUAUCACCAUGUUAGGCACACCUACCCUUCUCUUAUUAGUAUAGCUUUUUAGGGUCCAAGAUACUAAUGAUCUCUGUGUGUAGAUUUAAAAGAAAUUCUCACUCAUUUUUGCAUGGUAGCAAAUCUACAUUUUUUUAAUAUCUGAUUUAUAAGAUUACCAAGAGAUUCUUUUAUGUUAAAAGAGAUGACUCUUUUCCACUGUACUGUAUAUCAUCAACUUGUAACUGGUCUCUUUCUCUCUCAGGAUCUUUCCCAGUCAAAUAUUUGGGUUAAAUUUAUCAUAUUAUCUCUGUGAACCAGCAGUGAGAAAACAAAAAGAGAGACACUCUGCUGUAUAAUGUAUUUUUAAAUAAAAUAAUUUUUCAAUCAUAUGCAGUGUAUUUAUUUUAGAUAUCUGCUGUAGAUAUAUGUUCAUAGCAUACAUACAAUGAAAUGAUGGUUUUAAAGGACAACUGCAUUUGGUGCUGUAUUUUCAUGAUUAACCAAGAGUUCUCAGUUGCCUUCCCUUAGAGGUUGUUCUGGUGACACUGAAAAGCAGGAGUGGAAGAGCUGUAUUGCAGAAGAGUCUUCUGCCUGUUGAUGAAGGACUCCCUCCAGGAGGUGGGCAGGUCAAGCUCCAGAUCUUGCCUUGAGUGAUUUGUAGAAGAGGCAAGAGUUCACCUCUCCCACGGUUGCAGUGGCUCCGCUGCUCUUGAGCUUGGGCAUUCACUCUUCCUCUCUGGACUUUCAAUAG